UUAAGCAGGAAACAGCUAUUGUUGUGGUUUGAUAUAUAAAUGCGCGUGACGAGCGGCCGCGCAGUGUGGACACAGUGUAAAUGCAAAAUGUUUGGCUCUCGAUCCGUAGUCGUCAGUUUUUUAUUGGCUUUCGCCAGUUGCGCUGCCGGAGGUGGGGAGGGGUUCGAAGAAUGCAUGGGAAUAUUUUCAGCAGAGGUAAUGGCCCAUGUUUUUGAAUGUUGCGAAAGCUUGAACCAGAGGACAAGCUUUGAUCUUAUCAAAUGCAAAAAUGAGACGGAUGAGUGCACAAAGGCCGAGUGCCUGCUCAAAAAGAUGCAGAUCAAGUUAACAGACGGUCGCAUAGACGACGCGUCCGCCACCACAUUUCUGGACAAGUGGGUGAAGGAGCUGCCCGGCAACCGGGACAUGGGCGAGCGGGUAAAGAAGCAGUGCCUGGAGGGGCAGUACGAGGACUACGCGGCCGAGGAGACCGCCUGCGAGCCCUUCAAGUUCGCGCUCUGCGCCUAUGUUAAUUCUGUUGUGGUGUGUCCCAAAUGGAAGCAGUCAGACAGGUGUAAACAAAUGGAAGAAUCGGCGGCGAAAUGUAAAAAAAUACUGGAUGAAAUCGAAUAACAAACCUAGAAUUUAAUACUUAAGUAAUUGGAUAUAAUUUGAGUAAUAAAAUAAUAGCGUUUAUAAAGAAAUAACA